AUGUUUUUCAAUUUCAUGCGCAUGAGCUCAUCAAAUUUUGAAGAUCUAGUUAGUUUAGUUGGUCCUUUAAUUUACAGACAUCCAUACAGGCCUGAUAUUCUUUCACCCAGAGAAAUAUUAUCUGCAACAUUGAGGUACUUAGCAACUGGCGAUAGUAUGGCCAGUAUAAUGUAUUCUUUUAGAAUAGGAGAGUCUACUGUAUCAGGACUUAUUAAAGAAUGUUGUUUGGCUCUAUGGGAAGUACUCAAAGAUAAAGUAAUAAAAUUGGCAUACACUAUGGAAUUGUGUUUUUUACUCCAAAUAAGCAUGCUUGGUUGGAAGUGUCUGAAGGAUUUAAUAAUUAUUGGAAUAUGCUAUAUGCCGAACUGUGUGGGAGCUAUGGAUGGAAAACAUAUUGUUCAUCAGGCAUUUUCUAAUAGUGGUUCAAUGUACUACAAUUACAAGGGAACUCACAGCAUUGUACUCUUAGCAAUAUGUGAUGCCAACAAUGAAAUCGAUUUUCCGGAUGAUGCACCGAUUGAUAGUGAUAAUGGGUUCAUCCCAUACUAUAUUGUAGCAGAUGAAGCAUUCAUGUUGUUACCUAAUGUUAUGAGACCCUAUCCUAGCCGAUCAAAGGCAAAUUUGCCUAUUGAUGAAGCAGCGUUCAAAUAUAUGGGAUCAAAUUUCUACGGCCAAACCGCUAAAGUUAUAAGAGAAAAAAUUAAAAACCAUUUAAUGAAUGAAGGAGAAUUACCAUUUCAAUAUGAUAAGAUUUAA